GGCCCCCACACCCAAAAGUUUAACCCUUUAUAGAGCCCAUCCAUCUCCUUCCCCACACCCCCUCCCCUUCUUCUCCUACCCUUAGCUGCGCUUAACAAGCUGCCACAUAAAACAAUGGCGCCCACCCUCCUGUCGCUUCUCCUCCUCCUUCUUCCCCUCCUCCCUCCUCCCUCCAUUCUCUCUUCCCUCCUCCCCCACCCUGAGCUUGUCGUCCAAGAAGUACACAUGAGCAUUGUUAAUGCCACAAGAAGGAAGCUAGGCCUCCCCUCCUGCGGCACCGGCAACCCCAUCGACGACUGCUGGCGCUGCGACCCCCACUGGGCCGACAACCGCCAGCGCCUCGCCGACUGCGCCAUCGGCUUCGGCAAGCAAGCCGUGGGCGGCCGCGACGGCCCCAUUUACGUCGUCUCCGAUCCCACCGACGACGACCCCGUCAACCCCAAACCCGGCACUCUUCGGUACGGCGUCAUCCAGGACGAGCCGCUCUGGAUCGUGUUCGCCCGCGACAUGGUCAUCACCCUCAAGGAGGAGCUCAUGGUGAACUCGUUCAAGACCAUCGACGGGAGGGGAGCGAGGGUGCACGUGGCCGGCGGCGCGUGCAUCACCAUCCAGUACGUGACGAACGUGAUCGUGCACGGCAUCAGCGUGCACGACUGCCGGCUGGCGGGGAACGCGUACGUGCGGGACAGCCCGGGGCACUACGGGUGGCGGACGGUGUCGGACGGCGACGGAGUGUCGAUCUUCGGGGGGAGCCACGUGUGGGUCGACCACUGCUCGCUGUCGAACUGUAACGACGGCCUGAUCGACGCGAUUCACGGGUCGACGGCGAUCACGAUUUCGAACAACUACAUGUCGAACCACGACAAGGUGAUGCUCUUGGGUCACAGCGACACCCUUUUGCAGGACAGGAACAUGCAGGUCACCAUAGCUUUCAAUCAUUUUGGAGAAGGGCUGGUGCAGAGGAUGCCCAGGUGCAGGCAUGGGUAUUUUCAUGUAGUGAACAAUGACUAUACGCACUGGGAGAUGUAUGCAAUUGGUGGGAGUGCUUCUCCUACUAUUAACAGCCAAGGCAAUCGGUUUCUUGCUCCUGACGACAUUGUCAAAAAAGAGAUCACAAAGCGAGAGAAUGCAACGGAGAGGGAAUGGAGAGGAUGGAAUUGGAGGUCAGAAGGAGAUAUGAUGUUGAAUGGCGCUUUCUUCACGCCAUCGGGAGCCGGGGCGGCUUCUCAGUAUGCCAGGGCAUCCAGCCUGGGGGCGAGACCAUCCUCCCUGAUCAGCUCACUCACAAGUCAAGCUGGUGUACUCAGUUGCAGGAAGGGUUCCCCUUGCUAGCUCCCUCAUAUUGUAUUGUAUACCCACAACUUGCAAUCCAACUAAACAUCAUUUUAUGAUUUCGUUAUUAAAAUGAUAAGAUUCAAGUUCGA